UCUACGGGCAACCAUGGCUGAAGGAGGAGAGGGCGAGGAUGAGAUUCAGUUUUUGCGAACUGAUGAUGAAGUGGUGCUGCAGUGCUCUGCCACCAUCAACAAAGAGCAGCAGAAGCUGUGUCUGGCAGCCGAGGGCUUUGGGAACCGACUCUGCUUUCUCGAAUCUACUUCCAAUUCAAAGAAUGUACCCCCGGACCUUUCAAUAUGUACCUUCGUCCUUGAGCAGUCACUCUCUGUGCGUGCUCUUCAAGAGAUGCUUGCCAACACUGAAGAAAAAGCUGAGGGGCAAGUUGAUGUGGAAAAAUGGAAAUUCAUGAUGAAGACUGCCCAGGGUGGGGGCCAUCGUACGCUGCUCUACGGCCACGCUGUGCUCCUCAGACACUCCUAUAGUGGAAUGUACCUGUGUUGUUUAUCGACUUCACGGUCGUCAACAGAUAAACUCGCAUUUGAUGUUGGUCUUCAAGAGGACACGACAGGUGAGGCAUGUUGGUGGACCAUUCAUCCGGCCUCCAAACAACGGUCGGAAGGAGAGAAGGUGCGCGUGGGAGAUGACCUGAUUUUGGUCAGUGUAUCUUCAGAGCGCUAUUUGCACUUGUCAUAUGGGAAUGACAGUCUGCAUGUAGACGCAGCCUUCCAGCAGACCCUGUGGAGUGUGGCCCCCAUCUGUUCGGGGAGUGAGGUGGCACAGGGCUUCCUGAUUGGAGGGGAUGUUUUGCGGCUGCUUCAUGGUCACAUGGACGAGUGCCUGACUGUGCCAUCUGGAGAGCAUGGGGAAGAGCAGCGCAGGACUGUCCACUAUGAGGGGGGUGCUGUAUCUACCCAUGCCCGGUCCCUUUGGAGACUGGAGACUCUGCGUGUUGCGUGGAGUGGAAGUCAUACUCGUUGGGGUCAGCCAUUUCGCCUCCGCCACGUCACAACUGGGAAAUACCUGAGUCUCAUAGAAGACAAGAGCCUUCUCCUCAUGGAAAAAGAAAGGGCUGACAUCAAGUCCACAGCUUUUUGCUUUCGCUCCUCCAAGGAAAAGUUGGACCCCGGAGUGAAGAAAGAGAUGGACGGCAUGGGUGUAGCGGAAAUUAAGUAUGGGGAUUCUGUGUGCUACAUUCAACACGUGGACACGUGUCUGUGGCUGACAUACCAAGCUGUGGAUGCCAAAUGCGCACGAAUGGGAGGAAUACAGAGGAAGGCGAUCAUGCAUCAUGAGGGGCACAUGGACGAUGGGCUCACACUCUCCCGCUCUCAGCACGAGGAGUCACGCACUGCCCGUGUCAUUCGGAGCACCGUCUUCCUCUUCAACAGCUUCAUCAGGGGUCUAGAUUUCCUAAGUAAAAAAGCGAAAGGUUCUACAGUAGACUUGCCUAUUGAAUCUGUCAACUUGAGUCUGCUAGACCUGCAAGGCUACUUCCAGCCUCCAGAAGAGCAUCUCGAGCAUGAGGACAAACAGAACCGCCUUCGAGCUCUGAAAAACCGCCAGAACCUCUGCCAAGAGGAGGGUAUGAUUAACCUGGUAUUAGAGUGUAUUGAUAGGCUACACGUGUACAGCAGUGCUGCCCACUUCGCAGAUGUAGCUGGAAAGGAGGCUGGAGAAGCUUGGAAAUCCAUACUCAACUCACUAUAUGAACUACUGGCUGCUCUUAUAAGGGGUAACCGGAAGAACUGUGCCCAGUUUUCAGGCUCAUUGGAUUGGCUCAUUAGCCGUUUAGAGCGUCUGGAAGCUUCUUCUGGAAUCCUUGAAGUGUUGCAUUGUGUGUUGGUGGAAAGUCCAGAAGCCUUAAAUAUCAUUAAAGAGGGGCACAUCAAGUCCAUUAUCUCUCUUCUCGAUAAACAUGGACGUAACCAUAAGGUGCUGGACGUACUGUGUUCCUUGUGUGUAUGUCAUGGUGUUGCGGUGCGAUCCAAUCAGCACCUCAUCUGUGAUAACCUCCUACCCGGUCGAGACUUGCUGUUGCAGACACAACUUGUUAACCAAGUCAGUAGCAUGAGGCCCAAUAUCUUUCUUGGCAUCAGCGACGGCUCUGCGCAGUACAAGAAGUGGUACUAUGAGCUGAUUGUCGACCAUGUGGAUCCCUUUGUCACGGCGGAGGCCACUCACCUGAGAGUGGGCUGGGCCUCGACACACGGCUAUUCUCCCUACCCUGGCGGUGGAGAGGGCUGGGGUAGCAAUGGCAUUGGUGACGACCUGUACUCCUACGGCUUUGACGGACUACAUCUGUGGUCAGGUUGCAUUGCUCGGACAGUCAGCUCUCCAAGUCAGCACCUUCUCCGCACAGAAGAUGUCGUGAGCUGCUGCCUGGACCUCAGUGCCCCAAGCAUCUCUUUCCGCAUCAAUGGCCAACCAGUCCAGGGCAUGUUUGAGAACUUCAAUUCAGACGGCCUCUUCUUUCCUGUGGUUAGCUUAUCAGCUGGAGUCAAGGUGCGCUUCCUGUUGGGCGGACGUCAUGGCGAAUUCAAAUUUCUGCCGCCACCAGGCUAUGCACCGUGUUUCGAAGCCGUACUCCCUCGGGAGAAGCUGCGCGUGGAGCACACUCAAGAGUACAAGCAGGACCACGGGGCCACCAGAGACCUGCUGGGGCCCACCGUCACCCUGUCGCAGGCAGCCUUCACUCCCACACCAGUGGACACUAGCCAGAUUGUGCUGCCCCCCCACUUGGAACGGAUUCGUGAAAAGCUUGCGGAAAAUAUCCAUGAACUUUGGGUAAUGAACAAGAUUGAGCUUGGCUGGACAUAUGGCGCGGUACGAGAUGACAACAAGAGACAACAUCCCUGUUUGGUUGAGUUUUCGAAGCUUCCUGAACAAGAACGUAGCUACAAUCUACAGAUGUCGGUGGAGACCCUUAAAACCCUUCUGGCUCUUGGCUGCCAUGUUGGUGUAGCAGAUGACCACGCUGUUGAGAAAGUCAAGAAGCUAAAGCUUCCAUCCAAAUAUGAACUCUCCAGUGGUUACAAACCAGCCCCUAUGGACCUUAGUCACAUUAAACUUACCUCAACUCAGGAGGCUAUGGUGGACAAGCUGGCGGAAAACGCCCACAAUGUUUGGGCCAGGGACCGAAUUCGACAGGGCUGGACAUACGGCAUUCAACAGGCAUGUUGUGGGUUCUCUGAUGUAAAAAGCAAGAGGAACCCACGACUUGUUCCGUAUGCGCUGCUUGAUGAACGGACCAAAAAAUCCAACAAGGACAGUUUACGAGAGGCAGUUCGUACACUACUUGGCUAUGGCUACAGCCUUGAGGCCCCGGAUCAAGACCAUGCCUCCAGAGCCGACUUAAGCAACAUGUCAGCCGAGAGGUUUCGCAUCUUCCGUGCUGAGAAGACGUACAGCGUGAAUGCGGGGAAGUGGUACUUUGAAUUUGAAGUGGUGAGCGGUGGGGAGAUGCGGGUAGGAUGGGCUCGACCAGCCUGCCAGCCUGACCAGGAGUUGGGCUCUGAUGAACACGCAUUUGUCUUCGAUGGUUACAAGGCUCAGCGGUGGAACCAGGGGAAUGAACAUUUUGGGCGCGGCUGGCAAGCAGGAGACGUGGUCGGGUGCAUGGUGGACAUGACGGAGCACACAAUGAUCUUCACACUGAAUGGGGAGGUGCUGCUGGAUGACUCUGGCUCAGAACUCGCUUUUAAAGAUUUCGAAAUUUGCGAAGGUUUCAUCCCUGUGUGUAGCCUGGGUGUGUGUCAGAUCGGUCGCAUGAACUUUGGCAAGGACGUGAGCACACUGAAGUACUUCACCAUAUGUGGCCUACAGGAAGGCUAUGAGCCUUUUGCCGUCAACAUGAACCGUGACGUAACCAUGUGGCUCAGCAAGAGACUGCCUCAGUUCAUACCGGUCCCUUCAAAUCAUGAGCACGUUGAGGUGACAAGAAUUGAUGGCACAGUUGAGACCUCGCCAUGUCUUAAGGUGACCCAGAGGUCCUUUGGCUCCCAGAACAGCAGCAGUGACAUCGUCUUCUAUCGCCUCAGCAUGCCAGUCGAGUGUGCAGAGGUAUUCUCCAAGACCUCCGGCAGGAAGAAAGACCUGGAUGACCUUGAGACCGAAUCAGAUUUCGAGGUGUUGAUGAAGAGCUCCAAUGGGAAGGACAGCGAUGAAUUUAACAACCACAAGGACUACAGCCAGGAAAAGCAAUCCAAGUUCAAGCCAAGAUUUAUGCUGAAAAGAACAAAGCCAGAAUUCAACACCAGUCAGUCAUCAGCACGUCUGCCAGAGGAGCUGCUGGCUGACGAAAGGGACGACUCUGGCUACGGCAUGCAGACCUCAACGUAUUAUUACUCUGUCAGGAUCUUUCCUGGCCAGGAGCCAUCCAGUGUGUGGGUAGGCUGGGUGACGUCUGAUUUCCACCAGUAUGAGGCUGCUUUUCAGCAGGAUAAGGUUCGAACUGUUACCGUCACUCUGGGAGACGAAAGAGGCAAGGUCCACGAGAGCAUCAAACGCAGUAAUUGCUACAUGAUCUGGGGAGGCGAGAGCACCAGCCCUAGUCAAGGACGCAACAACAACGGCCUUGAGAUCGGCUGCCUGGUGGACUGUAACAGUGGUGUCCUUACCUUCACCAGCAACGGCAAAGAGCUCACCACCAUCUAUCAGGUGGAACCCAGCACCAAACUGUUUCCUGCAGUGUUUGCACAGGCUACUAGUCCUAACGUCUUUCAAUUCGAGUUGGGGAGCAUUAAGAAUGUGAUGCCCCUGUCCGCUGGACUAUUUAAAAGUGAACGUGAGAAUGCCAUGCCUCAGUGUCCGCCCCGGCUGCACGUGCAGUACCUCUCUCCCGUGCUGUGGAGUCGAGUGCCAAAUCGCUUCCUGAAGGUGGACGUGGCACGUGUCAGCGAGCGCUUGGGCUGGCAGGUGCACUGCCACGAGCCGCUGCAGUUUAUGUCUCUCCACAUCCCCGAGGAGAACAGGUCAGUAGACAUACUGGAGCUCACUGAGCAGAGUGACUUGCUACAGUUCCACUACCAUGCCCUGCGCCUGUACUCGGCCGUGUGUGCUCUUGGUAACAACCGGGUGGCACAUGCCCUGUGCAGCCAUGUGGACGAGUCCCAGCUACUGUACGCCAUCCAGAACAAGCACAUGCCUGGCCUCUUACGGGCCGGCUACUACGACCUGCUCAUCGACAUCCACCUCAGUACGUACGCCACGGCGCGACUCAUGAUGAACAGCGAGUACAUCGUGCCCAUGACGGAAGAGACCAAAAGCAUAACCCUUUUCCCCGACGAGCAGAAAAAGCACGGACUGCCAGGCAUAGGGUUGAGCACGUCGCUUCGGCCACGCAUGCGUUUCUCCUCCCCAAGCUUUGUCGGUCCGGAAAAGAGCCUCAAUGUCGAAUGCUUCCAGUACAGCCCAGAGUUUCCUCUGGAGAUUCUGAAGACCAAGACCAUGGAAAUGCUGACUGAGGCCGUGUGCGAAGGGAGCCUUCACGUGCGCGACCCCGUCGGCGGCAGCACGGAGCUGCUGUUUGUGCCUCUGAUCAAACUCUUCUACACACUGCUCAUCAUGGGGGUUUUCCACAACGGUGACCUACGGAUCAUUUUGCAACUCAUCGAGCCGAGCGUCUUUUCCAAGGACGACAAGGCUGCCCCAGCUACCGGUCACUCUGGGGAGGGUACGACGACUACUGAGAAAAAAGAAACGCUACGGAAAGAAGGCGGGGCGCUUGAGGAAGGACAACGGGUGCCCAAGGAGGGCCUGCUCCAGAUGAAGCUACCUGAGCCAGUUAAACUCCAGAUGUGCCAUCUGCUGCAGUACCUGUGUGACUGUCAGGUACGCCACCGGAUCGAGGCGGUCGUGGCUUUCUCCGAUGACUUUGUGGCCAACCUCCAGGACAACCAGCGCUUCCGCUACAAUGAAGUCAUGCAAGCUCUCAACAUGUCUGCUGCUCUCACGGCGCGAAAGACCAAAGAAUUCCGCUCGCCUCCUCAGGAGCAAAUAAACAUGCUGUUGAGCUUCAAAGAUGACAAGCAGGAGUGUCCCAGCCCAGAUGAGAUCAGGGGGCAGUUGGCGGACUUCCACCAAGACCUGAUGACUCACUGUGGUAUUGAGCUGGAUGAUGAUAAACUAGGUGACGUGGAUGGAGACUUCACGAUACGAGGGCGACUCAUGUUCCUAGUAGAAAAAGUAAAUAACUUGAAAAAGAAGCUGGCUGAUCUGCCAGAGACGAAAACGGUCAAAAAACCAAGCACUCUGCAGCAGCUCAUAUCAGAGACUAUGGUGCGCUGGGCUCAGGAAUGUGUCAUUGAAGACCCAGAGCUGGUCAGAGCAAUGUUUGUGCUCUUGCAUCGUCAGUAUGAUGGUAUUGGGGGACUGGUGCGUGCCUUGCCAAAGACGUACACCAUCAACACCGUGUCUGUGGAGGACACCAUCAACCUGCUGGCCUCUCUGGGCCAAAUCCGCUCUCUGCUCAGUGUCCGGAUGGGCCGCGAGGAAGAGAAACUCAUGAUUCGGGGCCUAGGAGAUAUAAUGAAUAACAAAGUGUUUUAUCAGCAUCCAAACCUCAUGAGGGCUUUGGGGAUGCAUGAGACUGUGAUGGAGGUCAUGGUGAACGUAUUAGGAGGCGGAGAAUCAAAGGAAAUCACGUUUCCUAAAAUGGUGGCCAACUGCUGUCGAUUUCUUUGCUACUUCUGUCGUAUUAGUAGACAAAACCAAAAGGCCAUGUUUGACCAUCUGAGUUAUUUGUUGGAGAACAGCAGUGUUGGACUUGCUUCUCCGUCUAUGCGAGGUUCAACUCCUCUGGAUGUGGCCGCAGCUUCAGUGAUGGAUAACAAUGAGCUUGCUCUGGCCCUGAGGGAACCAGACCUGGAGAAAGUAGUGCAAUAUUUGGCUGGCUGUGGACUGCAAAGUUGCCUGAUGCUGGUCUCCAAGGGCUACCCUGACAUCGGCUGGAAUCCUGUUGAAGGAGAACGUUACUUGGACUUCUUGCGGUUUGCUGUCUUCUGCAAUGGAGAGAGUGUUGAGGAAAAUGCAAACGUGGUUGUGAGGCUACUAAUUCGACGACCAGAAUGUUUUGGACCCGCCUUGCGAGGUGAGGGUGGAAAUGGUCUACUGGCAGCCAUGGAAGAGGCCAUUAAGAUAUCAGAUGACUCCGAUGGACCCUCACCAAUCGCUGAGGCCAGCAAAACAUCGACUGAUGAGGUGGAUGAUGAUGAUGAGGAAGAUGACACCAUCCACAUGGGCAACGCCAUUAUGACCUUUUACGCUGCACUUAUUGAUCUGCUGGGACGCUGUGCCCCUGAGAUGCAUCUGAUCCAUGCUGGAAAGGGAGAGGCCAUUCGGAUCAGAGCGAUUCUGCGGUCCCUAAUCCCUAUUGAGGAUCUGGAGGGGGUCAUCAGCAUCCCGUUUCGUAUGCCUACUUUGGCCAAAGAUGGAACUGUGGUUGAGCCUGACAUGUCAGCAGGGUUCUGCCCUGACCACAAGGCCGCCAUGGUCCUCUUCCUGGAUCGGGUCUACGGGAUCGAGGACCAGAACUUCCUGCUGCACCUGCUGGAAGUGGGCUUUCUGCCGGACCUACGGGCAGCAGCUUCCUUAGACACGCCGGCCCUGAGUGCCACAGACAUGGCCCUGGCUUUGAACCGCUACCUGUGCACAGCUGUGUUGCCGUUGCUCACUAAGUGUGCGCCACUGUUUGCCGGGACAGAGCCCUUCGCCUCCCUCAUCGACUCGCUCCUCCACACCGUCUACCGGCUGUCUAAGGGCUGCUGCCUCACCAAGGCCCAAAGGGACGCCAUUGAGGAGUGUCUGCUGGCUGUGUGUGGCAAACUGAGGCCUUCCAUGAUGCAACAUUUGCUCCGACGGCUUGUGUUUGAUGUCCCCCUCCUGAAUGAACACACUAAAAUGCCUCUGAAGCUGCUGACCAACCACUAUGAGCGUUGUUGGAAAUACUACUGUCUGUCGGGAGGUUGGGGCAGCUUUGGGGCUGCUUCUGAGGAAGAGCUACAUCUCUCUAGAAAACUGUUUUGGGGAGUUUUUGAUGCGCUUUCUAAGAAGAAGUAUGAACAUGAGCUGUUUAAGCUUGCCCUGCCUUGUUUGAGUGCCGUGGCCGGAGCUCUGCCCCCGGACUACAUGGAGUCCAACUAUGUGGCCCUGCUGGAGAAGCAGUCAUCAAUGGACGCAGAAGGAAACUUCAACCCCCAGCCAGUUGAUACUUCAAAUGUGACUAUUCCUGAAAAACUGGAUUCCUUCAUCACCAAAUAUGCUGAGCAUUCGCAUGAGCGGUGGUCUAUGGAUAAGUUUACUUUAGGCUGGGUGUAUGGCGAACAGCUCUGUGAAUCCUCCAAGGUUCAUCCUCUUUUGAAAUCGUACAAAAGCUUGUCAGAGAAGGACAAAGAGACAUAUCGAUUGCCCAUAAAGGAGUCUUUAAAGACCAUCUUGUCAUGGGGGUGGAUCAUCGAGAGGAGCAGAGAGGGUGACACAUCCACGCUUCACAACCGCACACGCCGGAUUUCAUUGUCAAGUCAGCAUUCCAUGGAGGGUGCCCAGGGGUUUAGUCCUCGACCGAUCGACAUGAGCAACGUCACACUUUCCAGAGACUUGCAUUCCUUGGCUGAACUACUCGCAGAGAAUUAUCAUAACACAUGGGCAAAGAAUAAGAAAUCUGAGCUUGAAGCCAAAGGUGGAGGUAGCCAUCCUUUGCUGGUGCCGUACGACACGCUAACUGCCAAAGAGAAGUCCAGAGACCGGGAGAAAGCCCAAGACGUCCUCAAGUUUUUCCAGAUAAAUGGCUAUUCUGUGUCAAGGUUAAAGAAGGAUCAGGAACUGGACACUCCCUCAAUAGAGAAGCGGUUUGCAUUCACAUUUCUGCUUCAGCUCAUCAACUAUGUGGACCAGGCCCAUGAGCAUCUGUUAGAACUUGAUGUCAUUGAUGUGCAAAAGGGAGAAAAGGGGUGUCAUGGACAGCAAAUGAAGUUUUUUGGAAAGGUGGCCUUGCCCCUAGUGGAUCAGUAUUUCAAAAACCAUCACAUGUACUUCCUUUCCACUGCUUUGCGACCUCUAAGCAGUGGUGGCCAUGCUUCUAACAAAGAGAAGGAAAUGGUAACCAGCCUCUUCUGCAAACUCGGAGUUCUUGUCAGACAUAGGAUAUCACUUUUUGGAAAUGAUGCCACUUCAAUUGUGAACUGUCUACACAUAUUAGGACAAACACUUGAUGCCAGGACUGUGAUGAAGACAGGUUUGGACUCGGUGAAGGCAGCGCUACGGUCCUUCUUCGACAAUGCUGCUGAGGACCUGGAGAAGACCAUUGACAACCUCCAGCAGGGCCAGUUCACCCACACCAAAAGCCAGCCCAAGGGGGUGACCCAGAUCAUCAACUACACAACAGUGGCCCUGCUCCCCGUCCUCUCCUCCCUCUUUGAGCACAUCACACAGAACUCCUUUGGGGAGGACCUCAUACUUGAUGAGAUCCAGGUGUCAUGCUAUAAGCUACUUAACUCCUUGUACUCGCUGGGCACCAGCAAAAGUAUAUAUGUUGAAAGGCAAAGGCCGGCCAUAGGGGAAUGCUUGGCAGCUUUUUCAGGAGCUUUUCCUGUGGCGUUUCUUGAACCUCAGCUCAACAAAUUCAACAGCCACUCCAUUUACAACAUCAAACCCUCUCAGGAGAUAACAAGUCUUGGGGUGCCUGCUCAAGUCGAGGAGGUGUGUUCUCUCAUUCCAUCCUUGGAGAAAUCCCUGGAGGAGAUCAAAGAGCUGGCGGAGUCGGGCAUGAGUUACGUCCAGAUGCCCCACGUCAUGGAGGUGGUGCUGCCGAUGCUGUGCAGCUACAUGUCGCGCUGGUGGGAGUACGGCCCCGAGAACAACCCUGAGAGACGGGAGAGCUGCUGCACCUCGCUCAGAUCCACCCAUAUGAACACACUGCUGGGAAACAUCCUGAAAAUCAUCUAUAACAACCUGGGGAUUGAUGAAGGAAACUGGAUGAAGCGCUUGGCAGUUUUCUCUCAACCCAUCAUCAGCAAGGCCAAGCCUGGGCUUUUAAAGACCCACUUUUUGCCUUUGAUGGAAAAAUUGAAAAAGAAAGCUGCCAUAGUACUGCACGACGAGGAUAACAUUAAGGCAGAGGGUCGGGGGGAGAUGUCAGAGUCAGAGCUGCUCGUCCUGGAUGAGUUCACCGUGCUCGUACGGGACCUAUAUGCCUUUUAUCCUCUCCUGAUACGAUUUGUGGAUUACAACAGGGCAAAAUGGCUCAAAGAACCUACUCCAGAGGCAGAACAGUUAUUCCGUAUGGUGGCAGAGAUCUUCAUAUUCUGGGCAAAAUCUCAUAACUUCAAAAGGGAGGAGCAGAACUUUGUUGUUCAGAAUGAGAUAAACAACAUGUCUUUCCUCAUCACGGAUACCAAAUCCAAAAUGGCAAAGGGGGGAGUCUCAGACCAGGAGAGGAAAAAGAUGAAGAAAAAAGGCGAUCGAUACACCAUGCAGACCUCUCUUAUUGUAGCAGCUCUCAAGAGACUGUUGCCUGUGGGUUUGAACAUCUGUGCUCCAGGAGAUCAAGAACUGAUUGGUCUUGCCAAGUGCCGUUUCUCGCAGAAAGAUACAGAACAGGAGGUACGAGAGACCAUACGGCACAAUCUGCAUCUCCAAGGGAAACUGGAGGAUCCUGCAAUCCGCUGGCAAAUGGCGCUAUACAAGGACAUGCCAAAUCGAACUGAAGACACUUCAGAUCCAGAGAAGACUGUGGAAAGAGUGCUUGAAAUUGCUCAUGUGCUUUUUCACUUGGAUCAGGUUGAACAUCCUCAGAGAAGUAAGAAAGCUGUGUGGCACAAGCUGUUGUCUAAACAGAGGAAGCGGGCCGUGGUGGCCUGCUUUAGGAUGGCUCCUCUUUACAACCUCCCCAGGCAUCGUGCAGUCAAUCUCUUCCUCCAGGGCUACUUGUGGUCAUGGAUAGAAACAGAGGAACACUAUUUCGAGGAUAAGCUCAUUGAAGACUUGGCAAAACCUGGACAAGAGGAGUCUGCAGAGGAAGAUGAGGCUGUGAAGCGUAUAGACCCUCUUCAUCAGCUCAUCCAGUUAUUCAGCAGAACUGCACUGACGGAAAAGUGUAAACUGGAGGAAGACGCCCUGUAUAUGGCUUAUGCAGAUAUAAUGGCCAAGAGCUGCCAUGAUGGUGAGGAGGAGGACGAAGAUGGUGAGGAAGUGAAAAGUUUUGAAGAAAAAGAGAUGGAGAAGCAGAAGCUGUUGUACCAGCAGGCGCGUCUGCACGACCGGGGGGCUGCAGAGAUGGUCCUCCAAACAAUCAGCGCCAGUAAAGGGGAGAUGGGCCCGAUGGUUGCUUCCACUUUAAAGUUGGGCAUUGCAGUUCUGAAUGGUGGAAACUCUACCGUGCAACAGAAAAUGCUGGACUAUUCGAAAGACAAAAAGGAUGUGGGCUUCUUUCAGAGUCUUGCGGGUCUCAUGCAGUCCUGCAGUGUUCUGGAUCUCAACGCGUUUGAGCGGCAAAACAAAGCCGAGGGCUUGGGGAUGGUGACUGAGGAAGGCUCAGUCAUCACUCAUGAGCGUGGAGAGAAGGUGAUGCAAGAUGAUGAGUUCACCUGUGACCUCUUCCGCUUCUUGCAACUGCUCUGUGAAGGUCAUAACUCAGAUUUCCAGAAUUAUCUGAGAACACAGACAGGAAACAACACCACUGUCAACAUUAUCAUAUCUACAGUUGACUACCUUCUCAGAGUCCAGGAGUCCAUUAGUGAUUUCUACUGGUACUAUUCUGGGAAAGACGUCAUCGAUGAGCAAGGGCAACGCAAUUUUUCAAAAGCUAUUAAUGUAGCAAAGCAAGUGUUCAACACCCUUACUGAGUACAUACAGGGGCCAUGCACAGGAAAUCAGCAGAGUCUAGCCCAUAGUCGCUUGUGGGACGCAGUGGUGGGAUUUCUCCACGUGUUUGCUCACAUGCAGAUGAAGCUGUCCCAGGAUUCUAGUCAAAUUGACUUGCUGAAAGAGCUGAUGGAUCUUCAGAAAGACAUGGUUGUGAUGCUGCUGUCCAUGUUGGAAGGAAAUGUUGUUAAUGGGACUAUUGGCAAGCAAAUGGUGGACAUGUUGGUAGAGUCUUCCAACAAUGUGGAGAUGAUCCUUAAAUUUUUUGACAUGUUCCUCAAGCUUAAAGACCUGACGUCCUCUGACGCCUUCAAAGAAUAUGAUCCGGAUGGCAAAGGAGUUAUCUCCAAGCGUGACUUCCAUAAAGCUAUGGAGAGCCACAAGCACUACACACAGUCUGAAACAGACUUCCUCCUCUCCUGUGUGGAGACUGAUGAGAGUGAGCUUCUUGACUACGAGGAGUUUGUGGAAAGGUUCCAUGAACCAGCAAAAGACAUUGGUUUCAACGUGGCUGUGCUUUUGACCAACUUGUCGGAGCACAUGCCAAACGAUUCGCGCCUUCAGACUUUCUUGGAGUUGGCUGAUAGUGUGCUGAAUUACUUUCAGCCUUUCUUGGGGCGAAUUGAGAUCAUGGGCAGUGCAAAGCGCAUAGAGCGAGUUUACUUUGAAAUCAGCGAAUCUAGUCGCACACAGUGGGAAAAGCCCCAGGUCAAGGAGUCCAAACGGCAGUUCAUCUUUGAUGUUGUGAACGAAGGCGGUGAGAAGGAGAAGAUGGAGCUUUUUGUUAAUUUCUGUGAGGACACGAUUUUUGAAAUGCAGCUUGCAGCGCAGAUGUCAGACGCAAGUGACCGUCUGGCCAGUAAGGAGGAUGGAGAACGUGGGGAGAAGCCAGAGGAGGAGGGUCCAGAGAUGACCUUCUUUUCUGUAACCACUGUAAGAUCAGCCCUCCUGGCACUACGCUACAAUGUGAUCUUGCUGAUGAAGGUGCUUUCCAUGAAAAGUUUGAAGAAACAAAUGAAAAGGGCUAAGAAAAUGACACUGCAAGACAUGGUGAUGGCACUUGCUGCUUUUUACUGGAGCGUUCUCAUUGGGCUCCUGCAUUUCACAUUCAGUGUAUCGCGUGGCUUCUUCCGUAUCAUGUACAACACCUUUCUUGGGGGCAAUAUGUUGGACGGCACAAACACCAUGAAAAUGUCGGAGCUGCUGACCAGCAUGCCUGACCCGACGCAGGACGAGGCUCGGGUGGAGGCUGACGACGGUGGCGAAAAGAGAUCGUUUGAAAAGGUCACAACCAAGGAGGACCUAGCUGAUCUGACCGCCGCAACGGGAGAAACGGAGGUUCUCUCGGACAUCUUUGGUUUAGAUUUGCGAAGAGAAGGAGGACAGUACAAAAUCAUGCCUCACAAUCCAAAUGCCAGCCUGAGUGAUGUGCUCAGCUCUCCAGCGGCCCCUGCACCCAGCUCCUCCCCUGAGCUUAGAAGACGACAUCAGGAAAAAGAGACUUCGAGUGAGAAGAAAGAGGAAAUGGAGGAGAUUAAAACACAAUCAGAAAAAGCAGAAGAGGAACAUGUAGAGAAAGAAGACAAGAAAGAGCUUAAGCCAAAGCCGAGGCCCAGGCCGGUGCACGUCUUCAAAUCAGAGGAGCCAGACCUUCAGGAAUCUCUUCUCUUCAAAAAAAUCAUUGUCUAUCAGCGGAAACUUCUUAACUAUUUUGCCAGAAACUUCUACAACAUGAGGAUGUUGGCGUUGUUCGUGGCCUUUGCGAUCAAUUUCAUCCUUCUGUUCUAUAAGGUGUCCACAUCCUCAGCUGUGGUGGAAGAGAAGCAGGUGUUUAGAAGUCCAGUAGACACAGGCAUGCAUUGGAACCCUCUGGGUUCUACAUCUGAUGACACCAUGACGGUACAUUUUGUUCUGGAGGAGAGCAGUGGUUACAUGGAGCCCACCCUGCGCAUCCUGGCCAUCCUCCACACUGUCAUCUCUUUCUGCUGCAUCAUAGGAUACUACUGCUUGAAGGUUCCAUUAGUGAUAUUUAAGCGGGAGAAAGAGGUGGCUCGAAAGCUGGAGUUUGAUGGCCUGUACAUCACCGAGCAACCCUCUGAGGAUGACAUCAAAGGACAGUGGGACAGGCUGGUCAUCAAUACUCAGUCAUUUCCAAAUAAUUAUUGGGAUAAGUUUGUGAAAAGAAAGGUCAUGGACAAGUAUGGCGAGUUCUACGGGCACGACCGCAUCAGCGAACUGCUGGGGAUGGACAAAGCAGCCUUGGACUUCAGUGACGCCCACGAGAAGAGGAAACCCAAAAAGGACAGUUCAUUUGCUGCUGUAAUAAACUCUGUUGAUCUGAAGUACCAGAUUUGGAAAUUAGGAGUCGUCUUCACAGACAAUUCCUUCCUCUAUUUGGCCUGGUACAUGACCAUGUCCAUCCUGGGACACUACAACAACUUCUUCUUUGCAGCACAUCUCCUCGACAUUGCCAUGGGUUUCAAGACCUUGAGAACAAUCCUGUCCUCUGUUACGCACAAUGGAAAACAGCUCGUUCUGACCGUUGGGUUGCUUGCAGUCGUGGUUUAUCUUUACACAGUAGUUGCUUUCAACUUCUUCCGCAAGUUCUACAACAAAAGUGAAGAUGGAGAGUCUCCAGACAUGAAGUGUGACGAUAUGCUUACAUGCUACAUGUUCCACAUGUACGUUGGCGUGCGGGCAGGCGGUGGCAUUGGGGACCAGAUCGAGGACCCAGCUGGGGACGAGUACGAGAUUUACCGCAUCAUCUUCGACAUCACCUUUUUCUUCUUUGUCAUUGUCAUUCUGCUGGCCAUUAUUCAAGGUCUCAUCAUAGAUGCGUUUGGUGAACUGCGAGACCAGCAGGAGCAGGUGAAGGAGGACAUGGAGACCAAAUGUUUCAUCUGUGGAAUAGGGAAUGAUUAUUUUGAUACGGUUCCCCACGGCUUUGAAACGCACACCUUGCAGGAGCACAAUUUGGCAAAUUAUCUAUUUUUUGUGAUGUAUCUCAUUAAUAAAGAUGAAACAGAGCACACCGGACAGGAAUCAUAUGUCUGGAAAAUGUACCAAGAGCGUUGCUGGGAGUUUUUCCCCGCAGGAGAUUGUUUCCGGAAACAGUAUGAAGACCAGCUCAACUAGAGCCCAGAGAACCAGAGACUUGUUUCGCAGCAAGAGCACUUGUUUUUUUCUCCCCCCUUUCUGAAGAAGCGAGAGGCCUCCCUCUCAGCCCUCUGUCAUGCUUCUCAGACUUUGUACUGUAUAUACAUGCUACUCUGGAUAAUUAACCCCCUGUGUGCUGUUUGGAGCACAGAGACUGUGUUUUAAUGACUGGAUGCUUGAUCUUUAUACUUUGCUUUAAUAUACAUUCAUUGACAAGCAAAAACGGACGGAGAAGCGAGGUGGAAAAAUGAAGAAUGUGACAAAAUGGUCCAAGAGGGAAGUCCAUCAAACGCCAUCAAGACAAAACAAAAAAUAUUUGAUGGAUUACCAGAGCGGAGGUUAUGAUUGUAGACCCAGAAGACAUGAUAAAAUAGUGCCUUACUAAGCUUAGAUCAAGCUAUGCAACGCUGCGUAGUAGUUUACAUCUGUUCCCACAAGAUAUGAUUUUAUUUAUUGUUAUUUUUUGUUUUUGGCAAUUGUGUGAUUGUCUCUCUGCAUGAACGUGUGCAUGGCAGUGUUUCAGUCGGUGAGUGAGUGAAAGAAAUUAAGUGCAUAAGCAAGAUAUAUAGAGAGAGGAAUGUGGGGGAGAAAAUAUCUUAUUUAGGAACAGACGUGGGGACAACGUUUCAUUGAUAUUGAGUAAGAUUGACCCUCAGUGCAAAUGUUAAUUUUCUGAUUAGAGGCUUGUAUAGCCUUUCUUAAGCUUAUAUUUGUCCAUUUUUGUCAUUACUAUUGUUUGCAAUGCUAUUAUGCAAUGGAGUGGCAGCGUUACAAUUUGUAUGAAAUAUAGAAAGAUUUGAAACUUUAGUCAAAAAAGAUGUUUAAUUGCAUGUUUAUAAUGCAAGUUUAAGGAAAAGAUUAAAUAAAAAUGCAAGAUCUAUGUAUCACAUUUUUAUAGGAUUAAGGAUCAUUUACAGUAUCUGAAGAAUAUUUCAGUGUAGGUUUCUCUCUUAAACUCCAAGUGUGUCGACAAUAUCAUUAUAUGUCUAGGAAAGCUAAUAUAAUUUCCAAACUUAUUUUACCGAGCACUGAUAAUCUCAGAUCUGAAGCAAUAUCCAUUCAGGGACUCUAGUACAAGGCUAUCAAAUUAUGACCUCAUUGCUGUGUGUCUAUUUCUUUUUCAGCCAGAUUUUUACUUUUACUCAUAGUCGAUUCAAGUUGUGAAUCAUAUUCUCAUUAAAAUAAUAAUAAAAUGUGAAAGGUACAGCAAGAACAAGAAGGCCUAACCUUAGACAUCACUGUUGGAAAAUCUACAAUCACACCCAUUGUUUUCACCACUGCGUAGAAUACAUAACAUAGCCUACUCGUUUCCAUAAGUAAUGGGCAAGCUUUUUUGUUGUUGUACAAAAUAAUGUAAAAUCAUUGCAAUAAUAACAAUGAGUGGACAGACAAAGACCAGACAAAGUGGUGUUUUACUUAUGUGAAGUUUUUUGAUGACCAAAAACCAUGUUGUGGAGAAAUAAAAUCUAAUGCAUAUUAGUAUUGUGUAGAACUGUUAGUAUAUACUGUAUGUUAACUGUAACACGGGACUGAAUGAAUCUGCAUGGUUUUCAAAUAAUAAAUUAUUAUUUAUUGA